AUGAGCGCGUCCGCGAGCAAAGCGGCAGAUGCUGCCGUCGCAUCGGGCACCUCUGGUGGCGCCGCCAGGUCAUCGUCCAAGCAGCCCGUCCGCAUCGGCCAGUACACGCUGCAGCAGACGUUGGGCACCGGCAGCUUUGGCAAAGUCAAACUGGCAACGCACUCGCUCACAGGCCACAGGGUCGCCAUGAAGAUGAUCAACCGCCGCAAGAUCUCGUCGCUCGACAUGGGCGGCCGCGUCAAGCGCGAGAUCCAGUACCUCAAGCUGCUCCGGCAUCCCCACAUCAUCAAGCUCUACGAGGUCAUCACCACCCCUUCGGACAUCAUCAUGGUCAUCGAGUACGCCGGUGGCGAGCUGUUCCAGUACAUCGUGGAUCGAGGUAGAAUGUCCGAGAACGAAGCCCGUCGCUUUUUCCAGCAGAUCAUCUGCGCCAUGGAGUACUGCCACCGCCACAAGAUUGUCCACCGCGACCUCAAGCCGGAAAAUCUGCUGCUCGAUGAAUACCUCAACGUCAAGAUCGGCGACUUUGGGCUGAGCAACAUCAUGACCGACGGCGACUUCCUCAAGACGAGCUGCGGCAGCCCGAACUAUGCCGCGCCCGAGGUCAUCUCCGGACGUCUCUACGCCGGACCCGAGAUCGACAUCUGGAGCUGCGGAGUCAUCCUCUACGUGAUGCUCUGCGGCCGCCUGCCUUUCGACGACGAGUACAUCCCCACGCUGUUCAAAAAGAUCAACGGCGGCAUCUACAGCCUGCCCUCGUUCCUCUCUCAAGAGGCCAGGCAUCUUCUGUCGCAGAUGCUCGUCGUCGAUCCGGUCAAACGGAUCACGAUCUCCGAGAUCCGUGCCCACCCCUGGUUCAACGUCGACCUCCCGGCCUAUCUGCGGCCGCUCCCUCCGACCCCGGCCGUGGAGAGCGUCGGCUUCGACUUUGGCGCGUCGCCUCCCGCUGCCGGCGACGAGUCGUCGACGACGUUGAGCGGGUCCUCUUCGGCGGAUGCAUCUUCGGCCUCGUCGAGCCGGUCCGGCCUGCAUCCUGGCGGCCACGCGAGCUGCGAUCUGGACACCAUCGACCCGGAGAUUGUCGAUGAGCUCGCCGGCAAGAUGGUUGGCUUCGAUCGCGACGACGUACUCCACCACCUCCGCGAAAAGGGCGACAAUCAGGUCAAGGUGGCCUACCAGCUGGUGCGCGACCACCACCGCAUGGUCACCAUCAACCACAUGGAGGAUCAGCACGGCAUGGAAAACUUCCUGGCCCAGAGCCCGCCGCCGUGGAACGAGGGCCUUGACGGCGUGAUGGGCAGGUCGACGAGCCUCAAGCGCAAGCCCAAGCUUGGCGAGCGGAUGGCCGCCAGCGGCGCCACUGCCCCGUCGGCCCUGACCGAGGAGGAAGAGGCCGAGGCCGAAGCGUCUGCCGUCGAGGCCGACGGAGACCAGAGCGAAGAUGGCAACGACUCGUACGCCUCCGACGACGAAGACGGCGCGCUCUACGACGACGAAGAUGCCCACCUCACCGACGAAGACACCUCGCUCGAGGGCGGCGUGCGACCGACGGGCAUCGCUGUGCUUGAGACCAGCCUGCCGGGCUACCUGCGGGCGAGGGAGGCGGAAAGGCUGGCGACUCCCAGCGCCGAGCGCCACCCGACGUGGCCGGCCACUUCUGGGGGCAUCUCGCCGGCGCCGCUGCCGUCGUCGACAGCGCAGAUGCACAAGAAGCCGAGGUCACGCUGGCAUUUUGGCAUCCGUAGCCGCAGCCCGCCAAUGGAGAUCAUGCUAGAGCUCUACCGCACGCUGCAGGUGCUGGGCAUGGAAUGGCGCGCCAAGCCAGAGCAGGCGGCCGCCAAGGCGGGCGAGGCCGACGGCAAGGAUGGCGGCGGUGGCCCAGAUCAGGACCAGAGCAAAGGCGAGGCGCUCUACUUUCUCGAGACGAGGUGGAAGGUGGGAGACAUCCUGGUACGGAUGGACCUGCAGCUCUACCACGUCGACUCGUCCAACUACCUGGUCGACUUUCGCAACGUCGGCUACACGCGGCUCGAGGCGGCAGAAAGACGCCGGGCUGGCGAGGCCGAGGGCGAUGACGAGGUCGAGGAAGAGGGAGGGACCUCGGCGGAUUCUGCCGGAGGCACUGGCAAGCUGGACACGGACAAGCUCGAUGCUGCCUUCGACGAGGCGAUGAGGACGUCGCAGGCAGCGUUCGCUGAAGAGGGACCGUUGGGCAAGCACCGGUUCGAUGGUGGUUCGGGGAGGAAGCCCAGCUUGGCGCCUGCGGUCCCCGCGGGACGCAAGGAGGUCAACAGCCCCUUCCUCUUUCUCGAAUGCGCGACGCGGCUCAUUGUCGAGCUGGCGGGCGGUGGUUGA